AUGUUAGGACAUAACCAAGUCCGGGUGGAGCUUAUUUCAACGGCGGACACAAAGAAUGAUACUGAAACCCUUGUUCGAGCGAAAGCCAAUAGCCUGAUCGUCAGGACCGAAGCUGUUCGUGCUGCUCUGGCGAAUAGAAUUUUAGAGAAGUCUGGAGGACCUUGGCUUUGGGCUGUCUUGGUUCUCAAUGAGUUAUCCGACUCACAUUCGGAAGAGGAAAUCCGCUUGGUCCUUGCGGAAGUGCCCAAGGACAUGGAAGAUCUUUACUUGAGAACACUGGACUUGAUGUCGCAAGCCACACGUGGGAAGAGGCUGAUUAAAGCUAUCCUUGCCUGGGCUACAAGCGCAACGCGAUCUCUAACCGUGAAAGAGCUUGAAGAAGCUUUGAAACUAGAUAUCACUGAUAUAUUGCCUAAAUUGCAAGAAAUGAAGAAGGCCAGCGCUCUCCUCCGCGAGGCCCAGCUGCAGAUCGACGACGCGAACCAUCCAGAGACCAAGUCGAUCCCCGACCUCGCUAUCGAAGCCGCGACCGUGAUGACUAUCGUCGGCGACCGUCUAGAUCACCACCACCACCGCGACGCGGCAGGCCGGCCUACAGAGAUCGUGAUCGAGAGGGAUAUCGUUCACCCGGAUACAGCCGGAAUUUCGAAUGAGCUCAAAGACUUUUACUACGUCGAGGGUCUAGAAGAAGUUCGGGUGAUCCGUGACCGACAAACCAAGAAAUCACGGCAACUUGGCUUCCUCAGAUUUAGGAACCUUGACUUUGCACGCGACUUUAUGGAGCGCAACUUCCCAUCGAUCUAUCUGCAUGGACCUAAUGCCGGCAAUAAUGACAAGGGUACCAAAGUCCGCAUCGCCUAUAGCCGUGAGAGGGAGGAUCGCGCUCGUGCCAGGGCCGAGGGUGACUGGACAUGCAAAAUGUGUGCUAUUGUUAACUACUCGACUCGCAAUAAAUGCUUCCGAUGCUCAGCGCCUCGACCUGAGCCUGGCCCGGCCGGUCCGCCUGGAAUUGCUGCUCCGAAGGUUGAGAACAACGGCGACAACGAUGCGGCUCCAGACAAUCAGCCUUCGCAAUUCCUUCUCUUCCGAGGGCUUGAGCCUUCUGUCACCGAGGAGCUUCUUGCAAAGGGCGUGGCUAAGCUCUAUCGACCUGCUUCCAGUUCGGAUGGAUCUUCGGGAAACCAGAGGAAGGGGGCCAAGGUGGCUUCCACCACCGGUGAUUCCAAUCUGGGGGCAAGAGAUGGCUCUAUUCGCCGUGUCUUACUGGUCAGAGACCGCAAAAGCAAUGAGAGCUGGCGCUACGGAUUUGCGGAAUUCGCCACUGUUCAGGAUGCCCAAGCGGCUGUUGCGCGACUUCAUUCAUUUGAAAAAUUUACCAUCUCCUCAAAGCCUGUUCUUGUAAGCUACAUACACGCUGGCGUGUUUGUACCUGUCAUCAAUCCUUCGGCGAGCACGGAUCGAUUUACCUUCAGUCCCCUCAGCAACCCAUCCUUGAAGCUUAUGUACUGGGACGAGGAGGCAUAUGUGACAGAGUUGACGGUGUCAACUGCCGAGUUGGACAAUAACCAAGUCUCAACCGCGCAGGGCCAAGCGGAAAACCAAGGGAAAAGUACGAAAGACGCAGAGAAGGCAAAGAAGCGAAAAGCAGAUGCCGCAGCAAGCGCAGCGUCCAAGAAAGUUGCCGUUCCCUCUCAUCUGCAGUUCUGGAGUAAUCGGCAUGCUGAGCUGCAUGGCAUUCAGAAAAAGGACGCAGACGAGAAGGGAAGCGACGGCGGCGCGGAAAGCCGAGAGUCGCCGGCCGACUCUGCGGCUCCUCCCGCACAAUCCUACGCGGAUUUGAAUCGGAAUUGCUGCUAUCUGUGCAUGCGGCAAUUCAAGAGCUCGGCUGAAGUCAACAGACACGAACGUCUCAGUCAGCUGCAUCGUGAUAAUUUGCAGAAUGACGAAUUGAAAUCCAAAGCAAUGGGCAAGCUCAUCAAACAUGGCAUCGUUCAGUCUACCCCCGAGUAUAGGGACCGUGCGAAGGAGCGUCGAAAGGCGUUUGGCAGCUCGCGAACGUCGACCAAGGCCAAGCCUGCUGCGCCGAAGGAGGAAGAUGAGCCACCAGUGGAGACAACAUCGAAGGGCGCGUCGCUCCUCAGUAAGAUGGGCUGGUCGGCCGGUUCUGGACUGGGUGCUCAGGGGACGGGCAUGACCGCCCCGAUAGCCACGGAGGUGUAUGCCCAGGGUGUCGGACUGGGUGCGCAAGGAAGCAAGCUGGGUGAUGCGGUCGAGGAAGCGGGACGCAACACACGCAACCGGUACGAUGAGUUCCUGGAGAAGACAAGGCAAACAGCGCGGGAGCGAUACGAACGGAUGGACAACUAG